GUGGGUAAAUGAGACACCUACAGGCGUACCCUGGAGUCACUGGUGCUGACAUAACCCCAACCGAGAAAAAAUCCAGUACUAUUCGCAUUACUAUUGAUUGAGCCAGAGAAUUGAUCGAGUGUCGGAGGAUGGCUGGACCACUUCCAACUGGGAUUAUAUCGCACUCGAGAAAAGUUUGCAGCCUUUACAAACGAGCUCUCCGUAAUCUCGAGGCCUGGAUUAGUAUGCAUGAGCAGUACAGGUAUGAGGCGGUGCUUCUGAGAGCUCGAUUCGACGAGAACAAAGAUUUGAAAGACCUUCGAAAGGGCAAGGAGCUUCUUCUGGCAGGUGAAGAAGAGCUCUGGCAGUGUUUACAUCCAGCCCCGAUCUACUUCGCUGAAUCCCCAGAGGGUGUUGCUUAUCAACGUGACGUGCCAUGCCCUGAUUGGAUACUCGAUCAAUGGCAUCCUACCGAGAAAGCUAUGUAUCCGAAGUACUUUGCAUUGAGAGAAAAACGUAAGAAAGAGUACAUCGAGUUCUACAAGAAACAAUAUCCCAAUGCACCCACUACUUUUCACCUCGAUGAUCACUAGAUUCUAGAAUAAAUCUCGAUGUUAAAAUGUAGUGAAACCGGAUUUAUUCACAUAAUUAUUAUUAACAGAUUAUAUUAAUUAAUACCAAAAUUAAA